AUGCGGCGUCUUGUCUGCAUCCCAUCAUACUACUGCCUGGCCACUUCAUGGAGAGCAUUCCUAUGUCCCUUUCAUGCCUUUCAUGCAGGCUCUUUCAGCGGAGCAUGUCGCCUACCGCACGCAGUACGACAUUACGGCAGCGCUCAGGAUUCGAAUAGUGCGCAUCACGGUGAUCAUGGUUCUCUUCAUCUAUCGCCUGCUAGCAGUGAACAGCGGCUCAGCAGUUCCGAAAGGCCACCGCUGCUGUGCGAUCUGCACACACAGGCGACAGACUCGGAGAACCGCGCAGACGGAUUGGGGAGCACAACAGGCGUACCCGCCGAAAGGCUACUGUCCUCGUCCGAAGGCUUCGGGUUGGAGGACAAAGAUGAGAUCGACAUGACUUUUGAUGGCAACUUGGAGGAUGGUGGCACUACGUCCAGUGGGCGGGGGGCGGGUGUGUGUGGCGUCGCUGUUAGAAGAGCACCUCCGGGCUGA